UCUGUUUUAAUGGCAUUAUUACCCUAAACCCUAAAGAGACAGCAGUCUCAAAAGUCCCCGAAUCGAAAAACAGGACACUGCAAAACGACAUGUCGGGAAGAGAAGAAGAUUACGACUCUGAUGCACCCGAAGAAUUUACAAACGAACAGGGAAAAAAGCAAGAUGAAGAGAUAAGAAAAAUCCAGAAAGAAAACAAGGCCAGGGUUGUUCGUGAGGGAAAGGAACGUCGCAGACUUUGGGCUCAGAGGAAAACACCACGUCAAUCUGUGACAGUUCAAAAUGGCAUAGAAGACGUAGAAACUGAAACUGAUGAAGAGUCUCGGGCCAAGAAGGGGAUGCUUCCUGCUAACAUUGUUGAAAUGCUUGCAUUUCGUGAAAAACAAGUUUUCGUAUCCGACUCUGAGGAUGAGAAGGUUGAGGUAAAGCCCAUUUCAAGAAAGAAGAAGAAGAAAAGCUCAGGGUUAGAACCUGUUAUUUUGAAGGACAUACCACCUGCUCCAUGCUUACAGAAUUCCUUGGAGUUCUUGAAGAAAAGGAAAAUGCAAGUUCCAAGGUCAUUGUCGGUUUUAAAGAACUCUAACCAAGCACUUCGCCUUAAUUGUGUCCUUUCUACUUCUGGGUUACGUGAAAGCUGUAAAAGAUUGUAAUAAAACUCUCUGGGGUCCUUCCAAUCUUGAGAUCAUUCCCAAUCCUUCUAAGGAGGUGGGAAUUUGAAAAGAUCUUUGAGCAUUAGAAGUAGUCUAUGCCUACUGCGGUGACUAAGGAAAUGAAGACAAUAAUGAGUUGCCUCCUAUAAUACAGCUUCCUCUUGAUGAAUUGCAUGAAGUUUUUCCAGAAGAAAUGAUCUUCCACUUGAACUUCUAGGUUGUUAAUUUGGCCAUGGCAUGACCAACUUUUGGAAGGCCCUCAUUGUUGAAUUUAUUAGCAAAUGUUUUUUUCUAUCACAAGAGAAAGGCUCUCCAUUUCAUUGGUAACAGCCACCAGGUCCACUCACAACUCCCACCAAAUCUAAAUCCUGAGUUAAAAGUAAUCUACAAUUAUUUUUACCUAUUCUCAUAUUGCCAUUUUUUUUACUAAAAAACAUCUUGGCUAUGGCACUUCUAGAGGUGUAAACGAGUUUGAGUCGAAUAGUGAGAAGUUCGAGUUCAAGUUCGACUCACAACUUAGGGCUCGAUACU